AUGGGUGACAAAUGUCCAGUCACACUCUUUACUGACCAAGAUGCAGCUAUGGCUAGAGUAUUUCCAACCACAAGGCAUAGACUUUGCCUAUGGCAUUUGAUUCAGAAUGCAGUAACACGGUUUGGAGUUAUGAAGAGUGAUUCAACAUUCAAAGCCGCUUUCAACAAAUGCUUGAGUGGUUGUCUUAAUCAAGCUGAGUUUAACGCAUGUUGGGAAGCAAUGAUCACAAAGUACAAUCUUAAGGAAUACAAAUGGUUCAUCAGAAUAUAUAAACUAAGACACAAGUGGGAAACUGCUCUGAGUAAGGACUUCUUCUCUGCUGGGAUUUUAUCAUCACAGAGGAGUGAGGGUACGAAUAAUGCUGUGGGUUUCAGAGCUACUAAGAAGACUAGUUUGACGAAGUUAUAUUACAUAUUUCAAGAAACAAUAAGGAGAUGGAGAAGGACAGAAGAUAUUGAUGAAUUCAACUCCACGAAAUCUAUUCCGACUUCACACUAUCCGAUGACUUCAUUAUUGAAACAUGCUUCUCAAGUGUAUACACAUACACUUUUCAGGGAUUUUGAAGAUGAAUUUAAUCUAGUUGUUGCAUUGCAAGUACAACUCAUUCACACAAAUGGACAGAAGAUGAUUUAUCAAGUUUACCUCGAAGAUAGAGUCGGGUCAGCACAAGCUGUGAUGUAUGAUCCGCCGAAUGAGAUCAUUAUUUGUCCCUUCAAGAAGUUUGAGGUGUCGGAGAAGUACAUCUCCUUUAGAUGGACAAAGUUCGCAAAAGUUGAGGUGUGGAACAAGCAGGAGGCAGAGCUAAAAGCUAAAGGAUUAUUGAACGGUUUCACCCCCUGGCAUUUACACAUGCUGAGAAAAUACUACAGUCUGAUCCUUAAGAGCCAUACAAUAGAAGAGGCUAGAAAAAUUAUUGAAGAGAGCUUCAAGAAAGAUUCAGAAGCUAUUCAAACAAUUGUUGAAGCUGCAAGCAACAAUGAACAGAACACAACAAUUACGACAACUUAG